ACUGAGGAACAUCUGAAGACUUUCACUCAUCUGCUUCUCCGACAGCUGUUCUCCAUCAGAUCAGAAAAUGAAGAGCGCUCUCUCAGUGAAGAUGCUGUGUGCGCUUGCUCUGCUUCUGCUGGUGUUCAGAGCGACUGAAGCACGGAUCGUGAGUAAAUGUGAGCUGAAGGAGAGGCUGGAAGCGGCUCAGAUCAAGGUCAUUAGAGCCAUGGGGGACAAAAUGACUGUGGGGGAGCUCAUCUCUAGACUUGUCUGCAAAGCCAGUGGCACGGGCUUCAACACCAGCUUGGUUGAAACCAUCAUCGCCAACUCGAACCCUUUGAAUAUCUUCUCCACCCGCCGUCUAGUCUGGCGUCUGUAUGGCUUGUUUCAGCUCAGUGAUCAGUGGGCCUGUGAUUCAGGCUUGACACCGUCGCUCAAUGUCUGCAACAUCAGCUGCUCUGACUUAAUCGAUGAUGACGUCACCGAUGACAUCGCCUGCUUGAAGACCGUGAUCAACAGCAUCAAACCUCGACCCAAACAGAAGCCCAAUGAAAUAACUCUUCCUAUUACAACAUUGAGCACUAUAUUGAUGAGGGCGUGUCACUUCAUUGUUGCCUCUGAGUAUUUCUCUGAGUGUCUGACUCCAACAUCACCGGUGAUCACAACAUCGAUGAUAAAUGCAACAUUACCAGUGACCACAACAUCACCACAGACCGCAACAUCACUUAUGAAUGCAACACUGCAAGGGAAUGGAACAACAGCAUGAUUAACCCUGACACUACAGAAUCGACAUGCUAUCUUACUACAAAUACAUAACACCGCAUCUGAUUGCCGGAUUAUUACUGUUGCUUUAAGAACACAAUAUUCCAAUAAUUCCAUGGCAACAGCCUGCUAUCUCUGUCACUUUUGAAAGCACAUUAAUUCAUUGUUCUCAUGGCAACAGCGUUUAAUUUGUUACUUUAAAAACACAACAUUCCAAUGAUUUCAUGGCAACCGCCUUCGAUUUCAGUCACUUCAUUGUUCUCGUUAUAACAACACUCAUGCUACUUUUAAAAAUGUAACAUUCCAUUUGAUUUGAUUU